ACCCCAGCUGCACUGUGCGCCUGAGCUUAUAUAUAUCCCACCGUCGUACCCAUCUCUUGGACACAUCCAUCAACCCACCGCCACUCGCCCAACCACCACCACCGCCUUCUCCUUCCUCUCUCUCGCUCCGAUCAGGUGAUCGACCUCGAGCUGCUGCAUGCAUGGUCAUGGAGCCAUGGCGCCGCCGCCGUGAUGACGACCAGAUGGCAUCUUGAUAUAUACAUGCAUGUAUAUAUAAAGGAGGGCGUGGUUCUUGGAGGCUGAAAUCGAUCGUUCGUGCAUGUGCUGUUGAUUACUAGCGCCGCGGUGCAUGGAUCGGCGGCAGGGCAGAAAGCGCGGACGGGAGGAGGAGGAGGCGGCGCCGGCGCCGGGGAAGAGGGUGUUGGCGGUGGAGGCGGCGGCGGGGCCGGCGGCGUUCGAUGAGGUGACGUCGGCGGGGGUGGAGUGUGGUGGGGAGGAGGAGGAGGGGGCGUCGUGGCAGCGGCCGCCGGGGGUGUUCGAGUUCCCGUGGCAGAAGUGCCGCGGCGGGCUGGGCGUCGCCGGCGGCGGGGCGGCGUCGGAGCUCCGGGACGUGUUCUUCCGGUCGCUGGUGGACGGCCGCGCGGCGGCGAUCGGCGUCCCCGGCGACCGCCUCUUCCCGCCGCCGAGCAAGCGGGCGCUGUUCGACGACGUGGACGCGUGGCUCGCCGCCGCCGGCGAGGGCGAGGUGGACCCCGUCUGGCGCUCCGUGCUGGAGGGAGCCGCCAGGCCCGCCGCAUGACGCCAACGUGUCGAGCCGGGAGGUGCCGCGGGCCCACCUGGCAGCCAGCAGUGCUGUGCUGACGUGGCAGACUGGAGAGGAUAGAGCUCCCUGAUAGGAAGUGAACGAUGGUCCAUUUGAUGAGAUCAUCUUUUUUUUUUUCCCUUCUCCUCGUCUUUUUGAACGCCUUUUUAGUUUUCGAAAAUUUAUAGUUUUGUAGGUUUGGGGUUUUACAACCCCUGUAAUGAAAAGAACUGAAACCAUAUAUGUGAUGAUCGAUGGAUGGUUAAUUAGAGAGUAAAAACUGAAUCCUUGUUUGGAAGAUGUAAAUAUAUUUGUUUUAAAAAGGACAAAUUUAGCCUGAAACAACCUUCAA